GUAAUUCAUAAUUGCGUGGACAGUCGAGAACACUCGCUCCUGACCUGAGUGAUUAAAAUUAAAGUAUGAAUAGAUCUACGCUGAGCAACCCGACUUUUACAACGUCAUCCAUGGAUGCGUAUGGGAAUGAAACGGUCUCCCUUACUACAGCUCCUCCGGUCGUAACAUGGAGCAGAGCUGAACGGCAAUUUCAAGUAGUCUGUUUGGCAAUAAUCAUGAUUAUUGGUAUUACUGGUAACGGUCUAGUAAUCCUCUCCGUAAUUAUGUCACGGCGAUUACGUACCGUCACGAACGUUUACGUUGUGAAUCUUGCCCUUACGGAUCUAUUGACUGUUUUGAAUAUACCGUGGUCAGUUGUAGCAUUGUUGUCAACCAAUAGAACAGGUUGGCCACUGGCGGAGCGGCUGUGCGUUCACGCAGCGGGAACGUCGAUCGUAUGUGUGAACAGUUCGAUAUAUACGAUGGUUAUGAUAGCGAUUAGUCGUUUAAUCAUGGUAACUAGCAAACGUAAUUAUCGUAAUGCCUGGACACUUAAACGUUCCUGGGUAAUAGCUGCGGUAAUUUUUAUCUGGUCGAUUUCGGUUUUCGUAUCACUUCUCCCAGUUUUAUUUGAUGUUGGCAAACUAGGGUUUGAUACUCGUUACGGGUCGUGUACCUGGGACUCAAGUCACCCCAACUCACCGACGUACAGUACGAUUCUUGCGGUUCUCUGGUUCCCAGUUUCAUUCUCUGUGAUCAUUGUUUGUUAUCUACUUGUGUUUCGUCAUAUUCGGAAUCAUACUAAAAUGAUGAAGUCUGAUUUGACAUUGCGUAACACCACAGAUAAUAAAUUAGCGCAUCGCCUAAAUAAAACGCAGAUUCAAGUUACAAAAAAUCUAUUCUGUGUCGUGAUCGUUUACGUUAUCUGCCUAACUCCGUUUGGCGUGUGCCUGAUGUUGGAUAGUGAUGGUUCUAUAAAAGCAACACCCUAUGCAGCGAUGAUUUUGAUACUGAACAGUUGCCUCAAUCCUCUUAUAUAUGCAGCUAAACAUCCGAACUUUAAAAGUGUUUUUAAGAGUAUUUUGAAAUGUGACUUGAAUGGAAUUCCAGAUCGAGCUUGUUGCUUAGGAAAUACUACCAAUAGGUCUAACUGAACUCUUUGGACUAUUUAUGAACCUGGAGCCUUGUGUGCCUUUAAAAUUUAAAAUUAUUUUUAUUAUUUAACGGUUUAUGUAGACAUAUACUCGAGUAUGCUGCUCCAGUAUGAGUACCACACCAAAAACAGCAUAUAACUUCUGUAAAUAAACCACGUAGAAUUACUAAACUGUGGGUUAAGGGAGAUUUUUACAACGACUUGAACAACUUAAUUUAGCAACUAUGGAUCAGAGAAUGAAAUAUCUUAUACUUUUUAUUUUUAAGUAUAUCUAUGGACAAAUUGAUUUUAAUAUACAUGAUUUUUGCUUUUAAUCCCCGAUAUUCCGAUUCCGUGUCCUUGGCAGCAAUAUUUUCUUUCAGGUUUGUUGUGCACCUGUGUGAUAGCUUCCAAAUUACGGUGGAAGCGAGCUAUGUGAAUUACAUCGAACAUUUAUAUAAUAAUAAUACUUUAUUUGAAAAACGUACGCCUUUCCAUCGGCGGCACACGUCACGUGUAGUAUGAUGAUGGAUGCGUUCAUAAAGAUAAUAUUUAAAACAAAUAAUAGGGCCUAUAAACAGUAACAAGAUUAUGUACAAAACGUGAAAUUAAAAGGAUUCUUAAAACUCGACAAAUCUUUAUGAACAGUAACAUGUAUAAAAAGUGCUCAUAAGGUCAAAUCAGGUCAAGUCUUAAUUUUUACAAUGUUUACCAUUUAUAACAAGAUUUCUCUGAUUUUUUUCAAUUUUAAAAGUACGAUGUAAGAUACAAUUUCGUUCAUGCAAACAAAUUUAUGUACAUGUCCUGAUUGAUUAGGUUUUACAAUUUAUAAUAUCAUUUCUCUGUUUCCAUGCCAUUUUUAAGUACGAUAUACAAGAUCAUUAUUAUUUGUAAGUCUCCAAGAAGUAUAUCCAUCAUAGUGUUACAAUCUCCACUCAUGAAUAACUACCAUGUAUUAUAAUCAGAAUUGGAUGUGAUUUUAUUUUCAGCAGCGAUAUAUUCAUGAGAUUUUAUUUUGUUAAGUCAACACGUCAACAUAAAAUGCAUAAUAUCCUCUUCAUUUUCAUGGCAUAGAGGGCAACACUUAUCUACAACCGGACAUUUACUCAUUUUGGCGUUAAGUUGCAAGGUAUUGGAUCUUGCUUGAAACUUUAAACUGCUUCCAUAGUAAUCAGUUUUACUAAGAUUACUGACUGCAUUACUAAUCCAGUUAACAUUGCACAGAUCGUUGUUUUUAUGUUUAAAUGUACUAACCCAUCAUACAUCUCACAGUAUAUUCAAUGAAUUUCUCAUCGUAGCCAAAAAUUUUUAUCUUAUACUCUCUUCUGUACAUGUUAAAUACAUUGAAGCGUUAAAUAAGAGUUUUGGCCACCUGUAGAGUUCCAUAUUUUGGAACCUCGAUAAAUACUUUACUUUAAGUUUAAGUAGAGUAAAAAUAUGAAAAAAAAAUGCCCAAAAAAAUUGCAA